UUACUGAUUAUUUGCAGUAUAGUAGCUCCCCCUUUUUUUUUCUUGUGCUGAUCUAUUGUUGUUUGGUAGCAUACCGUAAAAGUCGGCUCAAGUGCGACACCGAUUAGCGGUAAAAAUCAAGUCAUUUAAAAAACCUUACGAGGUUUUUUUAAUGACCCUCUUGAGCGACAUCCAUCCUCACAACCAGUGGCGCUCCAUUGUGCAAACUCCCCGCCUUCCACCCCAUAUCACACAAGCACACAAUGAAGCGCCGCCCUAAGAACAAGAACAAGGUCAAGCUGAAGGGAGUCGAAGCCUCAAAAGCAAACUCUGUAGCCACUGUCGCGGUACAGAUGGGCGUGCAUCGCUCGUCUGUAUACCGCUGGAGAAAGCAAAGACAAAACUAGAUGAUGACAAGAAGAAUAGAAGCAAGUUCUACGUAAAUCCAAAGGCGCAUGAGGCACAGCGAGUGUUCUAUCCUGAUUUAGAAAAGA